AUACAGGCUGUCUGUCUGCCUGCCCCUUCAGAGGCAGCAGAGCAGCACGCUGCUUCUUGCACACACCCUCACUCAUGCAGAGUGCAGAGGAGUUGGAGGCUCCAGCCUAGUCAGCAGGUCUCACACACGCUUGCAUGUGUAUGUAUACGGAGCUGAAACUUUACUAGAGACACACUCGCACACUCUUCCCUCCUCCUUUCCUCUGUCCUGCUCUCCUCUUUCUCUUUACCCCUCCUCUAGCACACCUUUGUGUUGUUUUCCUUGCCCCUCUUCCUCUCCCCUCCCUCUUCAACCUCACUAGUUUUCCCUCUGCUCUGUCCGAUGUGCUCAGACUGUGGUCAGUGUGCGAACUGAAGGCGUGCAGGGCGAGAUGCUGUUGAUGCUACAGCUGUUUGGGCUCCAUGUGUCCUUCAGGGCCCACUGAAGAAGACAAGACUGCAAGUGAGCCAGGGACCUUCAACACAAUACUCUGAGGAAGCUACAACUAUCAUUUUUACCCCUUUUUCCAGGCAGUUGCAUUUUCAAGACUCUGGAAUUAAUUGUGCUUUUAAAGACUUAGAGAGAAAAAAAGAAGAAAAAAAACAAUGAGGACCAAGUUGUGUAAUCUGGUUGCACAACUUUUUCUCUUAGGAGAGUUGCUAUCUGUGGUGGACAGCAAAGGAACUUUCUAUGGAGGCCAUGUCAACCCUUUCUAUGGAAACAGAUACAACCUAUACAAGGCUGGACUCAACCCUCACCAUUCACCAAACAAGCCCAUGACCCGUCACAAAAACCACUGUGCCUACGUGGUGCAGAAGAACAUCACAUGCACCAUGCAGGAUGGAGUGGCUACCUACGUGAAGGCUGAGUACACCACCAAGUGCAUCUGGGGUCAGAAGUGUCCUGUUGUCAUGUACAGGACAUUCUACAAGCCAAAGUACAAGGUGGGUUUUAAGACGGUGACUGAGCUGGAGUGGAAAUGUUGUCCCGGCUACUCUGGAGAAAACUGCUACGAUGGACCCACAUCGCUGCCUGACGUCAUGAUACCACCUUUUAAUGGUGGGGGUGUGCCCCAUCGCCCAGGGAUGAAGGGAUUCCCCCAUGGCCCAAGACCCCCCGUGGACCACAGGCCUGGAGGAGGCCAGCUGGAGCCUGGCAAACCCUUCCCCGGCGUGUCUGACCACAGACCAAUACCAACAGGACAGCUGCCUACUGGGAACGGAAAACCAAACUAUGGAAACAAAUUUGGGAUUUCAGGAGUGACUGGUGAACGUUUGGACCAUAUGGAGGAGGACCUACGCCGCCUCACCCAGGGUCUAGACACUCUCAACGGGGUAGUGGCUGGCCUUGAGGAGCGACUGCGAACAUCUCUCAGGGAAGAUACCAACAAAAUCCUGGUGUCCCUGCUACCAAACACUCCUCGUGUGCCCGACUCCACAGUGGGAUUUGGGGUGAUCCCAGAUGGGACUCCUGAUGGACUGGAAGGAGGAGAAAGCUUCACUGGAUUUGGAGACUUAGCAGGGAGGGUGACAGAAGUGAAGGAUGAGCUGCGAGCCAAAACUCACAUUUUAGAAGAGAUUAAGGGGAUGGUCCUGGGUCAUGACAGCCAGCUGAAGAGGCUGUUGGAAGGAGCUAGAGGCAGGCCCAUCCCUGGCCACAGCUCCACUAUUUAUCUGGACGAGAUCCUGGACGCCAAGCUGGCCGACGUGCGGGCUGAGAUCCUGGAUGGCUUUGAGCGCCGUCUGACCGGUCUGGAGAGCCAAUGUGAUGAGAAGAUUGGGGCGGUGCAGAACCAGUGCCAUAAGGAGCACAUGGAUGGCCAGGAGCAAAUGCAGCAGUCUCUGGAUGGAAGAGAGACCGGGCUCAGGGAGGAGUUGGGCUCUUUGCAGGCUCAGAUCCAGGGCCUAACUCUCACUGAAAGCUGCUGUGGACAGGUGAACAGUCUCUCCCAGCGUGUGUUGCUGCUGGAGGAGUCAGUUAAAGGCUUGACAGAAUCUCAGAGACAGCUCCAGACUGCCCUCACUGACCAGAGCAUACACGUAGAGACACUUAUCGAGACCCGCCUGGUGGACAUAGAGGGCCGCCUUAAUGCCACAGAGGGUGGACCUGAUGGAGUAGCAGGGCUCCCUGGUGGUCUGGAUGGCUUCAAGACCAUGCUGGAGGACAAGCUGAAGACCCUGGAGGAGAGAGUGUUUGUGGCCGUUGAGGAGCUGAGUAAUGCCACUGCUCCGGCACUCCUGGAGGGUCAGGUUGUCCCGGCACUGGAGACAGAGAUCGAGUCUGUGAGGAGGAGAAUGGAGGGAGACCUGGAUGGCAUUCAGAAACAGUUAAUAGAUCUGGAGCUCCUCUGCACCUCUUCCUGCUCACCCUCCACCCCACCAGCAGGGGGUAUCAGUGUCACUGAAGUAGAGGAGGUGUGUGAGGGGAUGGGGAAGAAGAUGACUGACCGCCUUGACUCCCAUUCUAACCAGCUGAACCACCUAAACAACACCCUGCAGAACCUGCUCUUCCAUAUCGCCCAGGAGGACACGGAGGGCACCGUCCAAGGAGAGAUCACCCUGCUGAAGGUUAACAUCAACUCUGUGAACCGCUCUCUAAAGGGCCUAAAGGACUCUAUUCGAUUCAUUGCAAGUGAAGUGGGCCACGCUAACGCCACCUGGGAGCAGAGAGAGCACCAGAUAGUCAACCAGGUUCAAGGAAUCACCAAACUAGUGGGCCACCAAGCCUCUCUCCUGGGGGCCGGGGAGAGGCGGCUGGCCCAGCUAAAGGGAGAGCUUAUGGCCUUGAAGAGACGGCUGGCUGGGGAGCUGCAGGGCUGCCGGAGCACAGCGAUAGAAGUACAGAGGGAGGUGAAGGAUGUUGAUAGCAGGGUGAGCCAUGUGGAGGGCCAGUGCAGCAGCCUGGGGGAACUGGCAGAGCAACUGGAGAGGAUCAGAGCAGAGCUUGAGAGACACUCAGACUCCUAUCUGGCCGAGGUGAAUGGCACCCUGGCCGUCCAUUCAGAACAGCUAGCUGAGCUGAAAGGCGAGGUCAAAGACUGCAACAAGGAAGCAGCCAAUCAAAAAGAAGACCAGUAGCAUCUGAGCUACAGAAUUUAUUCAAAAAAUAAACUUAUGUGUGCUAUUCAUUAGGCUCAAGUGACUUCCUCUGCUUCUCUGCUCUCUCUUUCAAAUCCCAUCUGCGCAGAUGCAAAUUAAAUGAACCGGCAAAAGUCAUUUCCCAUAAGCUCUCCCAACCCAGUGCCUCUAGGUGUCCUGGGUAUUUAGUUUAGUGAAAUGAGGAGAGGAAGACACAGAAUACAGAGACACACCUAUGGUUGUAUAGCUGAGCAAUAUUUCCCCUUGAGAUUUUAUUGUAUAGGGCAUUUGUUUAUUUCCUCUGAUCAUAUUUUGUUUUCACAUUUGACCUUUUUUAACUUAUAUGAAGUGACUGCAUUGUUAUGAUGUUAAACUGUUUGUAUUAGAGAAAUGAUUAAACAAGUGGAUGAUAUGGGAUUAAUAUGCUGCUACGGGUUUCUACUGACAAGGACACUUGACAUCCUCUGUUUUUUUUAAAAUACUGUAAGUCAACAUGGUGCUAUUUACAAUUUUGUAAACCUCUGUGUCACACGUUUAAAAAAAAAUACGUAUUUCUGCUUUGA